CGUUGUUGGCCUUUGUUAUUGUUUUCUUCUAAUAUUUCAUGGCAUAAUACGCAAAUGUUAAUUCGUUUAAAACAAUUGAUUAAAAACAAUCAGUGAGCUGUAGUUUUUUGUGAUAGAUUCGCGAAAGAAAUAAGUUAUUAAAAAUGUCUUACAUUUCGAAUGAAGAAUUAAAUUUAGCUCUUCUACCAGAUGUUGUUUUGGAGGCGAUUUUUUCUAACCUCACCUUUGAUGAAAUUGCGAAAAAUCGAAUUGUUUGUAAACAAUUUGAUAGAAUUUGUAAGAAAUUAUUAAAUCGUGGUUUUAAUUUAAUUGAAAAAUAUCACGCUCAAUGUUUGCGCUCUGUAAAAAGUCAAUUACCACGAAGAGAAUCAGAAAGACGAAGUCAUCCUUUGGCACGUCAUUGUGAUAUUUUAACAGCUAUUGAAACAAGAAUUUCAAUGUUAAAUAUGACUUUUAUUAAAUACGUGGAUCUUAAUCUCUGUUGCUUCAUUCCCGGAAAGGUAAUUGACGAGAUAUUUCGUGUUAUUCGAUUGGUAACAGACUCAAAAUCACCACCACGUGCUCAUGAAAUUCUUCAAGAACUUCGUGAUAUUAGUAGUAUGGCAAUGGAACAUUUUGAUGAAAAAAUAUUACCCGAUUUAAAGCACAGCAUUUGUUCUUCUGUGGUUAAUAAUGUAAGUUCAUAUGAAUUGCCCACUGGUAAUUUAAAAUUGGCGCAUUCAAGUUCAAGUUCAGUUUUAUCACAUGGUUUUAAUAGUAAUCGAUUAAAUCAAACAUUCAAAAGAAUUUACAGUCGUACUAGAAAAAAUAAAACUUUAGUUGUAACAGUACAAAGUCAAAUGCGAAAAAUGAAACAGCGAAUGAAUAGACAGGGUCUUCAAAUGCAAUUGCAAAGUUCAAAAUUACAUGAGCAAGUUAAAAAAAUUAGUGAACAAGAUACACAAAUUGCGGAAUUAAAAAAACAUUUAGAAGAAUGGGAACAAAAAAUUGGUGAUCUCACUGCUGAAUUAAGUCGAGCACGUGAAGAAACACAAAAACCAGACAAUAUCGAUGGUUGUAAACGAAAACAUAUUGAUGUUAUUGGCCGUGAUUCAAAUAAAGAUCUACAAUCAAAAAAAAGAAAAUUAAUUGUUGAACGAAAACCAUCAAACGAUGCAAAAGAUGUUAAAUUCAAAAAAUUUAUGUCAUCUCUUCUUUCUGAGGAAUCAACAUCAUAUUAAAUAUAACAAUUUUUUUAAAUUUAAAAGUUUAUUGUUGAAAAACAUUAUUCACAUCUCUAAAGUAGAAAAAAAAAAAACUGUUUCAAAUUUCUCAUUCUCUUUAUAUAUGGAGAUCUUUUUAAGGAUUUACUAUACAGUUUUCUAAUUAUAUAUUUAUAUUAUAUAAAUUUAUAAUCAAUUAUUUGUUUUUGUAAAAAAUAAAAUAAUUAUAUCGUGUUCACUUUAAAUUCGAGAUUACUGAAAAAAAAUUAAUUUUAAAAUUAAAUACAUGUCUUUGUAAUAGAUAAAACAAAAACACGUUAAUACUCAUAAAUGUAUUUCACUAACGUAAUACUAUAAGCAAAAAAAAAGUCUGAUUUGUGCUAAUUUUCAUAUCUAUUUACAUUGAUAAAAAGGGCAACUUAGAAAUGAGAUAAAAAAAAAAAAGAAUUUUCAAUUUGAUAUAAGUAUUAAGAAAUAAGCCAAAAAUUGAUAAGUAUUACACAAUUUCUGGAAUUAUCUAAACAAGUGAUUAAGAUACAGAUUUAGUAACUUAGAUCAUUUAUAGAUGGGUUUUUAUUUUAAAUCAUUAAAUUAAAAUAGCUUUUACUAAAUUGUUUGUAUAUACAUUAGUUACGCUUUAACACUUAGAAAUUGAUUAAAAAUAAAUUUUACUCUCUUGUAAGAAAUAAUUAUGAAAAUAAUAAUAAAGGAAAUCCACUUAUUA